UUCCCCUCCAUCUCCCUCCUGUUUACUGCCUUUCCCCUCCAACACGUGGCGGUAGAGCGCCAGGAGCUGCUCACUGACCGAAGAAGAAUAACCCGGAAGUAGGUGGAUGCAGGCGCUAGUUAGCUAGCUACUUCACUUCAAAAUACGACUGAUAAAAAUAUGUCCAUAUGCCAUUUCUGAUACGGUUGUGAUUAGCAUAGACAUUAUGUAAAAAAAAAACAUUGUAACUCUAACGAGCUAGACGCGAGGAGGCACAAAACAACUUUUGGUAAUUUAGCUUGUUUAGCUAACAAGUUAGCUGUCAAAUAGUUUCCACGACAACUGUUCCGACCCCCCGUUCUGAGGUGACAGUUUGUUUCGGUGGAAAUUUCUCCAAACCACAAAAGUCUACAGAAGAACUGUUGGGUCGAUUCACAAUGGAUGAGGACGGUGACGGCAGAUCCAGCCUGUCUGACUCCUGUCCCACUCCACCUAAACCCACACAGUCACCAGUUCCUGUCAGGAACCACAGGAACCAGAGAACACUGCAGGGCCCCGAGCUGCUAGAAGUUGACUGGGAUUCUCUUUUUAGAGAGAGACAACCUCCACCAGGAGCAGCUAAACAACACCAGGAGAAUCAGCAGAAACCCAAGACAUUUCACGCCUGUCCAGUGUGUGGAAGACACUGCCAAAAGUUAUCCAUCCUGCAGAUCCACAUGAGAAUCCACACGGGAGAGAAGCCGUACCCCUGCCCCGACUGUGGCAAGAAGUUUGCUCACCUGGGAGCCAUGAGACGACACCACCUCACACACACGGGAGAGAAGCCUUACUCCUGCUCUGUGUGUGGGAAGAGUUUCACCCAAUCAGGACAUCUGAAAGAGCACCAACAGUCUCACUCCGGAGAGAAGCACCACUGUCUGAUCUGUCUGAAACAGUAUAUCAGAGCAGAAGAUCUGAAGAUCCACCACAGAGUUCACACGGGAGAAAGGCCCUACCGCUGUGCAGAGUGUGGCAAGAGCUACAUCAGGUCAAAGAAUCUCCGGGCUCACAAGCUGACUCACCAGAGGACAGGAGGUGGUGGUAAAAGUGACAGGGAGAUGGCAGCUACUAUCCAGGUGAAAGUGAAGGAGGAGGAAGAAGAGGAAGAGGUUGGUGGUUUCAUCAAUGCUGAAGGAGAGGAAGUUGGCUGGAGUUUCCCUGAUCUCAGUGAGAGUCCUGUCCAUGACUCUGGUAGUGAAGGAGGAAGUCCCCCUACAUCACACAUCAACAAGGAUCCCGGUGACCAAUCCAGCACCAAAGCUAUAGAGUCCCAGGGUCCCGAUCCAAGACAUGAGGAGCACAUCACUCAGACACCUGGGAUGAACAUUCAUAUUGUAGAAGAGGAGAAGGAGGAAGUGAAAGAGGAGGAGGAAGUUGGUGGUUUCAUCAAUUCUGAAGGAGAAGAAUUUGACUGGGGUUCUGUUCAACAUAGAGAGAGCCCUAACUGUGGCUUAGACAGCAAAGCGAGUCCCGCCACAUCAGGACAUCCUGAACCCCAGGAGAGUCACAAAACUAAGACGUCUCACUGCUGCUCAGUGUGUGGCAGAGAGUGCUACAAGCUCUCGGUACUACAGAUCCACAUGAGAAUCCACACGGGAGAGAAGCCGUACCCCUGCCCCGACUGUGGCAAGAAGUUCGCUCACCUGGGAGCCAUGAGACGACAUCUCCUCACACACACGGGAGAGAAGCCCUACUCUUGCCCUGUGUGCGGGAAGAGUUUCACCCAAUCAGGACAUCUGAGGGAGCACCAGCAGUCUCACAGUGGAGAGAAGCCUCACCUGUGUCUGGUCUGUGGGAGAGGGUUCUCUAGAGCGUCAGACCUCCGGAUCCACCACAGAGUUCACACAGGGGAGAGGCCGUACAGCUGUGACUACUGUGGGAAGAGAUACGGCCGCUGUCAGAAGCUACGGGCUCACCAACGGACACACCACAGAGACAGGACGCACGCUGAUACAGGAGAGGAGACGGAGUGAAUGACCACGAGGCUUUGAACAUAAGACGUGAUAAGCUUAGUGUUCCUAUAGGGGAUGUUAGCCGGCUGGACAACAACAAUGAUACACGUUGAUCGUCAUCAGACAGGAGAACAAUACACUCCAUUGGAAUAGACAUGGUUCUAGAAUCCACCUAAAUGAUUCACAGAAUUCUGAUGCAGGACACGGGCUGCUGGGGAGGGGAGAGACGCUGGGUGAAGUUCCCCUGCCUGAAUCCUAACCUUAACCAUUAGUGGGGGAGAUGCAAAAGUGACCAGCGUCUAGGGGCAACUUCACCCUACUCCGUUUGGGGGAAAGAAUGGGGAGGCUUUAUCAGUAAGUGUUGACAGUAGAACUAAUGGGUGUUUUGUUAGUAGGGUGGACAAACACAACUAUUAACCUAAUGAUGAAGAACGAUAGACUCGGUUAGAACUAUUACAAUGGACGUGGCUCUACAUUCCACUUGAAGAAAAGCACCCAGUUCUGAUGGAGAGAUGAAAUAAUCAGCGCUGUUCAGUUUGUUACUGAACUUGAACCAGAGAAAGUGAACCCCAAAAGAUGGCCGCUAGACGGUGUUCUAAAUUGGAAUCGUGGAACAACGCUUGUUCUCUGUCCACCACAUCCUGUGUGAGGAACCCAGUUGAAAUGAUUGUUUAAAAAAAAAAAAAAAGAAUGUUGAUGUAAUAAUUGUGUUCUAUAUUGGAUAACAUCCCAAAUAAUGUGCAGUCGCAGGACAUUUGGAUCACAGAGAGAGAGAGAGAGAGAGAGCUGUGGCUCAGUCCAUGCUGUCAUUCAGUUCAUUACGCCGCUAUAGGAUCGUAAACAAAGGUGUGUCAUGGUGAUUUUAAUAAAUAGGUUACAAAAACCUACCUAACUUUUUAAAUCUAUUUAAAAAAUAAAAAACAAGUUUCUGUUUUCUGUACCAUUUUAUUCCAACUCUUUUCACACUACUGAGCCAAGCUGAUGGAUAUGAAGAAUAAGGGUUUUAUUUGCUAUGCUUGAAGACGGCCCUGGUAAACAUGGGGCUUUUACAGGGCAAUGUAACAGGGCUAUACUGAAGUGUUUACUAUGAUUACAGCAGGGGAACUGUCAGGGCAAUGUAACAGGGCUAUACUGAAGUGUUUACUAUGAUUACAGCAGGGGAACUGUCAGGGCAAUGUAACAGGGCUAUACUGAAGUGUUUACUAUGAUUACAGCAGGGGAACUGUCAGGGCAAUGUAACAGGGCCAUACUGAAGUGUUUACUAUGAUUACAGCAGGGGAACUGUCAGGGCAAUGUAACAGGGCUAUACUGAAGUGUUUACUAUGAUUACAGCAGGGGAACUGUCAGGGCAAUGUAACAGGGCUAUACUGAAGUGUUUACUAUGAUUACAGCAGGGGAACUGUCAGGGCAAUGUAACAGGGCUAUACUGAAGUGUUUACUAUGAUUACAGCAGGGGAACUGUCAGGGCAAUGUAACAGGGCCAUACUGAAGUGUUUACUAUGAUUACAGCAGGGGAACUGUCAGGGCAAUGUAACAGGGCCAUACUGAAGUGUUUACUAUGAUUACAGCAGGGGAACUGUCAGGGCAAUGUAACAGGGCUAUACUGAAGUGUUUACUAUGACUACAGCAGGGGAACUGUCAGGGCAAUGUAACAGGGCUAUACUGAAGUGUUUACUAUGAUUACAGCAGGGGAACUGUCAGGGCAAUGUAACAGGGCCAUACUGAAGUGUUUACUAUGAUUACAGCAGGGGAACUGUCAGGGCAAUGUAACAGGGCUAUACUGAAGUGUUUACUAUGAUUACAGCAGGGGAACUGUCAGGGCAAUGUAACAGGGCUAUACUGAAGUGUUUACUAUGAUUACAGCAGGGGAACUGUCAGGGCAAUGUAACAGGGCUAUACUGAAGUGUUUA